GACCACAAAUAUAGGCAGAAAAAAAGGGAGAGGCAGAGAGAAAGAUAGAGAAGCGCAAGGUUCAGAAGAGAGGGAGGAGGAGGAGGAGGAGUAACCGGAGACCAGAGCAUGGGGCGAGAGAGGGUUAAGGGAGCAGAAAAACAGAGAGAGAGAAGAGAGGGGAGCGCAGAGAAAGAGAGGGAGAGAAAGAGAGGGAGCACAGGGAAACAGAGAGAGAGAGAGAGAGAGGAAAGGGUUAAAGGGUUAAACGGCUGACAGGAGCAGAGAGAGAGAGAGAGACUCCUCCGCACAUGUCUCUGACCAACUCAGUCUAAACCAAGAUCUGAACCAGGAUUUAAACCAGGACUGCAGCAGGACUAAAGCCGGACUGAAACUGGAUUAAAAACAGAAGUGAACCAGGACUAAACCAGGACUAAACCAGGACCAGAGUUCAUGCACAUCUGGAUCAGAACUGAGGACAUUUUAUAAACUCUGCACUUGAAAACCAGGGCUAAACCAGGUCUAAACCAGAUCUAAACCAGGACUGAACCAGGACUGAUCCAGGACUUAACCAGGACUAAACCAGGUCUGAACCAGAGCUAUACUAGGAUGAAACCAGGACUUUGGACUUUACCAGGUUUGAACCAGGACUAAAUCAGAACUAAACCAGAACUAAACCAGAGCUAUGACAAAACUACACCAGAACUAAACCAGGAUUACAGUAUGAUCAUAAUCUCUGGAUGUUUGGACCACUUUCAACCCAGGUCUAAUCCAGGACUUCAUCUCAGUCUGUGAUCUGGAUCUUUCGAUCUGGACCAAACCAGGACCAAACGUGAACUGCACCUGAAUCAGUCUGAACCAGGACUAAACCAGGACUAAACCAGGACUAAACCAGGACUAAACUAGGACUAAACCAGGACUAAACCGGAUCUAAACCAGGUCUAAACCAGGACCAUGGCCCGUGGAUUGUCGGGUCUCUUUCUGUGGCUCUGCUGUGGACUGUGUCUCCAGACCGGACCGGCUCUGCUCCAGUCUCCCUCAGAGAGAUUACAUCACUUCCUGUCGGACUUCGCAGUGGUUCGUCCAAUCAGAACAGACUCAGACGGGCGUGCCCUGCCUGACUCCGCCCCUCGGCACAAAAGACACGCCCCCUGGUCCCGCCCCCCGGAACAGGAAGUGUUCUACAACCUGACGCUGCAGGGGAAGGAGCUACGGCUGCAUCUGCGAAUCAGCACGCGGAUUACGGCUCCGGGCGCCACCCUCCUGUGGGAGGAGUCAGGGGUGUCUGAGCCAAUCACAGAACAGCAAUGUUUGUACUCAGGACAUGCCUCCAACGACUCGCGCAUCACAGCGGCGUUCAGCAUCUGCAAAGGACUGGAGGGCGUGAUCCUGAGUCCUUUUGGAGACUUUUACAUUGAACCCAUUUUGAAGAACUGCUCUGGAUCAGACCAGGACCAUGUGGUCUACAGAGACUCAGACCUGAGACCGGACCAGAACCCAGCCAAUCAGAGUGCAGCACAAGAGGUCCCGCCCACAGACUUCCUCAGAGGUCCGGUCUUGGCUCCUGAGGUCCAGAGGCUCAGGUCCUGGUCUGACCCGGUCUCUCUCGGGUCUGGUUCUGACCCGGUCCAGACCCUGAGGAGGAGGAGGUCCAGAGAGGUAGAACUGUUCCACAUUGAGGUUCUGUUGGCGGUGGAUUACUCCGUUCUCUUGUUCCACGGCCGAGAGAACGUCCAGAGAUACCUCCUGACCUUCAUGCACAUUGUGAAUGAGAUUUAUCAGGAGCCGUCUCUCGGAGCAAAUAUCAACAUCGUCCUGGUGCAGAUCAUCCUGCUCUCCCCCACCAAGUCCCAGGAGCUGAUCUCGGUGGGGGAUCCUCAGAAGAGUCUGCAGAACGUGUGCACCUGGUCGUACCUCCACCAGAGAGACCAGAGAGAAGACCUGAGGCACGACCACACCAUCUACCUGAGCAGACAGGAGUUUGGACCCUCCGGCAUGCAGGGUUACGCUCCGGUCACGGGGAUGUGUCGUCUCAUUCGGAGUUGUGUUCUGGUGAUGGACGACGGUUUCUCCUCGGCGUUCGUUGCAGCUCACGAGACCGGACAUGUUCUGGGGAUGGAGCACGACGGAGACGCCAACGACUGCGAUGACGACGUUCACCUGGGAAGCAUCAUGUCUCCUCAGGUCCAGGCGUCUUUCUACAGAUACCACUGGUCCAGGUGCUCAUGGAGAGAACUGCACCAGUACCUGCAUACGUACGAGUGUCUCAGAGAUGAUCCGUUCCUUCCGUCGUGGCCUCCUCAGCCUCAGCUCCCGGGAUUCGGCUUCUCCAUGAACCAACAGUGUCAAUACGACUGGGGCCCCGGGUUUACUACAUGUACUACUUACACAGUGGUGGACCCAUGCGCUCGGCUCUGGUGCAGUCACUACAACGACCCGUUUUACUGCAAGACCAAGAAAGGACCUCCUCUGGACGGGACCCAGUGUGGACCAGGACAGCACUGUUUCCGUGGCAGCUGCGUGUACCUGGCCCCUCACAUGAUGCGCACUCACGGCUCGUGGGGCACCUGGGGUCCCUUUGGCCCCUGCUCCCGCUCCUGCCGCUCCGGAGUCCAGUUCAGGACCAGGAUCUGCGACAGCCCCAGGCCAGCCAACGGGGGGCGCCCCUGCUUUGGAAACAGCUAUGAGUUCAGACUCUGCAACCAGGACACGGACUGUCCCCCGCUCACGGACUUCAGGGCCGAGCAGUGUAAAGUGUGGAACCCAUUUUUUGAGCACAACGGAACCAAACACCACUGGCUCCCCCUAGAGCAUCCGGACCCCGACGAGCGAUGCCGUCUGUUCUGCGUUUCCACGGAGACGGGCGCCGUGGUGGACAUGGGCCGAGUGGUGCAUGAUGGGACUUUGUGUUCUUACGAGGACCAGCACAGCGUGUGCGUGAGAGGAGACUGUGAGCACGUGGGCUGUGACGGACAGAUCGCGUCAGACCAAGCCGAGGAUCGCUGUGGCGUCUGCGGAGGAGACAACUCCAGCUGCAAAGUCAUCAAAGGGAAUUUCACCAGGAGCACGCGCAAAAACGGUUUCCUCAAAAUCCUGGAGAUCCCCAAAGGAGCACGUCACCUGCUGGUCCAAGAGUUCAAGUCCACACCACACGUCCUCGCGGUGAAGAACAUGGACACUGGUCAUGUGUUCCUGAAUGACGAACAUCAUCUCCCAGAAUCCCGCGGGCUGGUGGAGGGGGGCGUGGCCUGGCAGUAUGUAAAUGAGGAGGGGGUGGAGUCUGUGCAGACAUCCGGCCCCCUGAGCUCCAGCGUCCUGCUCAUGGUUCGCUCUCACGGUUCUCACAGCUCGGGUAAAGUCACGGUGUCGUAUAAAUACGUCCUGCAGGAGGCGCUGCGCUCGGGUCUGGACUCAAACCUGCUGCUGGAGGACGCCAUGUUCUACGAGUGGGCCCUGAAGAAGUGGUCCUCCUGCUCCCGGCCCUGCGGAGGAGGGCGACAGUACACUCGCUUCGGCUGCAGGAGAAAAGCCGACGGGAAAAUGGUUCAUCGAAUGUUCUGCUCCAACAUUACCAAACCCCGAGCCAUCAGCCGCUUAUGUAACAGAGAAGACUGCUCCACCCCAGAGUGGGUGGUGGGACCCUGGCAGACCUGUAGCGCCUCCUGUGGGGCGUCAGGGUGGCAGAGGCGCUGGGUGUCGUGUCAGCAGGUCUCCUCCGGGGGGCAGCAGCGCUCUGUCCCCUCCAAACUCUGCUCCACGGACAAACCAGAGAGCAAGAGGAGCUGCAACCGCCACAGCUGCCCCGCCGUGUGGAGGGGCGGAGCCUGGGGACAGUGCUCUGUGACCUGCGGCGGCUCGGGGACGCAGGAGCGACAGGUGAAGUGUCUCUCACCUGACGGGGUACCUGGAAACUGUACUGGUCCUCAGCCAAUCACAACGAAGACCUGCCUGGCCCCGCCCUGCUCCGGAGAGCAGAAGAACUCCAUUGUGCGCUGGUUGUCCAGAUCGACUCCAGACGUGACUCCUCGCUCCAAGCAGCGUUGCCGUGGCGACCGCUCGGUGUUCUGUCAAAUGGAGGUUCUGACCCGGUACUGCUCCCUGCCCGGAUACAGAGUCAUGUGCUGCGUGUCCUGUGGGAAACUCAACAACACCGACUUAAACCAGACCCAGUACACCUUAAACCAAAUCCAGUCCACCUUAAACCACCAGACAGAUAAUCAGACCACCUUAAACUCGUCAACAUCCCAUAAUAACAGCACAGACCCACCGUCCAGGAGAGAAGAGACCAGUUUAACCACUCCUCCCCCUGAUGACAUCACUAUAGAGGCCCCGCCCCCUCACGUUGUCACCACAGAGGCCCCGCCCCCUGACAACAUCACCACAGAGGCCCCGCCCCCUGAUGACAUCACCACAGAAGCCCCGCCCUCUCGAGUUGUCACCACAGAAGCCCCGCCCCCUGACGACAUCACCACAGAAGCCCCUCCCCCUGACGACAUCACCACAGAGGCCCCGCCUCCUGAGGACAUCACAGACUUUGUUUACGUCGAGUACGAGGACGAUUACGACGACUUCUCCAGCUUCGGGACGGAGAGCUCUGAUUGGACGGAGGCUCCGACAACAGUUUACACCACAACAUCACCGCAAACAACAACAACAACAACAACGGUAACCACAACAACAAGCAAAAGAACCCCAAAACGACCACGGAAACCGUCCCGAGCUGAGACCAGGGCCUCCCCUGCGCCCCCUACUGGCCCUGAGGUGCAGUACCGCGUGGUGGGCGUUCCCGUGGCGACGCAGAGUGACUUUGUGCCGAGGAAAACGCCGCGAUUUGGUGAAAGAACUCAGAACAAACGAAUCCAAGAGCUACUCCGAGAAAAGAGACGAAGACUAGACCCCACUAUGGACUUAUAACAGGACCAAGACCAGGACUAGACCAGGACUAAAACAGGACUGAACCAGGACUGAACCAGGAAUAAACCAGGACUGAACUAGGACUAAACCAAGACUAAACCAGGACUAAACUGGGUCUAAACUAGGUCUGAACCAGGUCUGAACCAGGUCUGAACCAGGUCUGAACCAAGACUGAACCAGGUCUAAACCAAGACUAAACCAGGAUUAAACUAGGACUAAACCAGGAGUAAAUCAGGACUAAACUGGAUCUAAACCAGGACUGAACCAGAACUAAACCAGGACUAAACUGGGUCUAAACCAGGUCUGAACAAAGACUGAACCAGGUCUAAACCAGGACUGAACCAGGUCUGAACAAAGACUGAACCAGGUCUAAACCAGUACUGAACCAGGUCUAAACCAGGACUGAACCAGGACUGAACCAGGACUAAACCAGGACUGAACCAGAGGCACAGAAGGGACUGAACCACACCAGGAGAGACCGUUUCUCUCUUUUGUUCUUUUGUUUAUAUUUGCACAUCAGUAAAAGCUGCUGCAGUUCUUCAGAUUCAAACCCGUUUGGAUCGGCGCGUUUGACCCAUCCUCCUGCUGCGUUUGACCCGUCCUUUAGCUGCAUGUGUACUUUCAAUAAAUAUGUUACUCGAGUAAAACGUGAUUUCAAAAAUGCUGAAAGAGAAGCUCAGAACUACUGCGACUGAAACAACUUCCAAAUGUAAAGGUUUUGUGAUACAAGACUGCCCCCCUCUGGUACAACAGCAUAACAACAGGCUAUAGGAGAAACUCAACUUUAAAGCUGCACUGUGUAACUUUUCUGAUGGUGCUUCCAUCACCUGCUUGUUUCUAUGGACACGUCAUUGCUCUGCCUGGAAUGUUCCACAGCAAAACUUUACAUUUAUUCAUUUACAGGUGGUUUUAUAGCUCAAAAAUCGCUACAAAACAGACAUCCUGACUGUAACUUGGUCUGGUUUGGUCUCCGUGGUGACAGAAAAGUGUAAUGCCGUACUGUGAAACAUUCCAGACCAAGCAAACAAUGUGACGGACCCUCCACCAGAAAAGUUACUCAAUGCAGCUUUAACUAAUAUGUGUUGAAUCGAACAGAACAGAACAGAACCCGGCAGCAGAGGUGUAAAUAUGAUCUGGAGAGAUGUGGAAAUGUUUCAGAGUGUUUGAAAUAAAGCAACAAGAAAGAA